CUUGUUUAUCUGUGCAGUCAUCACGUGGCUUUGAUUGGUUUUGAUUUGGCUCCUCACACGAUGUACCCUCGUUCUUGAACCAAUAUUGGGAUUGCGAUAAGUGUUGUUGAUGCAGCUUUUGUCUUCUCGAUUAGUGGUGUGUGCGGUUGUAGCUUUACGGAGCCCCGUCCGGCAGUUUGAAGUGUGAUUGUAAUGAAGCCAUACAAGUACAUAAGUACCCUUCUGAGCCGAGCGAAACUAUGGAAAACGGGCGAAUAUCAACAGCGACUUUUAAGUGAUGAGGCAAGCUUGAGGCGUACUGUUCUCUAUGACUUCCAUGUGAAGCAUGGUGGAAGGAUGGUUCCUUUUGCUGGCUUUGCAAUGCCAGUGCAGUACUCAUCGCAUAGUAUAACAGCAUCUCAUCUGCACACACGAGAUCACGUGAGCAUGUUCGAUGUCUCACAUAUGCUGCAAAGCAAAAUCCACGGUGAAGAUCGUGUGAAGUUUAUGGAGAGCCUCGUCGUGUGUGACAUCGAAGGCUUAGCAGAAAAUACAGGGUCCUUGAGUGUCUACACGACACAAAGUGGGGGAAUCAUUGAUGACUUGAUUGUGAGCAAAGCGUCCGAUCACCUCUACAUUGUAUCCAAUGCUGGUCGCAUCGAACAGGAUGUUGCACAUGUCAAGAGCAAGUUAUCUGAAUUUCAGAAGAAGGGAGGCAAGGCAGAGUUGGAGCUUCUUCCAAACCAUGCUCUUCUUGCUGUACAGGGCCCAGGCAUGUCAAAAGUACUGCAGCCCCUUGUAGACUGUGAAUUGAGUAAAUUGACAUUUAUGUGCACAACUGUAGCAACGGUAGCAGGUAUUCCACACUGCAGAGUAACUCGCUGUGGAUAUACUGGUGAAGAUGGUGUUGAGAUCUCUGUUGUGGCCCACAGAGCAGAAGAACUUGUAAAUGCCUUAUUAUCAUCGAAAGAUGAUGAUGUCUGGUUGGCUGGCUUGGGUGCCAGGGACACACUACGUCUUGAAGCUGGGCUCUGUCUCUAUGGCAAUGACAUCUCUGAAGAAACAACACCUGUUGAAGCUGGCCUCUCAUUCACAAUCGGAAAACGCAGGAGACAUGCUGCUGAUUUUCCUGGUGCUCGGGAGAUAUUGGAACAACUCAAGAAUAAACCAUCGAGGCGAAGGGUGGGACUGAUAGCGUCUGCAGGAGCACCAGCAAGAAGUCAUUUCACCAUCUAUGAUGAAUCAGGAACAAACAGGUUGGGUGAAGUUAGCAGUGGUUGUCCAUCUCCAAGUCUGAAGGCCAAUAUUGCCAUGGGCUAUGUGCCCACUGCCUAUUCAAAAGUUGGUACUAGGGUGAAGGUCGAAGUACGCAAGAAUUUGGUAGAAGCAACUGUCACCAAGAUGCCAUUUGUCCCCACAAAGUAUUAUACUGGCACUACAAAAAACUAGGCAUUCUUAAAAAAGAAAAGAAAAUUUUUAGUUUUUGAGAUGAAGUUGGUCAAGUGUAUGGAAUGCAUUUCAUGUAACAGCAUCUUGGAAAUUAGUCCUGGAAAUUAGUCUGAAAAAUUACUGCACAGUACAAGUUUUGAAAUCAUGGAUUUUCCACAUGUUCCCUUGUGAAUCCGAAUUAAAUUCACUCUAACCCAGUUUACCUUAAUUCUGUACAUAGUGCGGCUGGAUGCGGCUGCGUAGAAAUAAACUCUUGAAUGUGUUUUCAUUAGACCAAUCACGUAGCUGCAUUGUUGCUGGUAUGAGGGAAGCUUUGCAAGUAUUCUAGUGUAAGCUUUAUGGAUUCUGUCCUGUAUGGUUGGUAGGGGGGGCAGUAGUGUAGCCAGAAAAGAUAUUUUGGGAGGGGUUCCAUGGGAAUUUACAUAGAGAGAAAGAUUGCAUCCCAGUUCCCCCUCUUCGAAUGCAUUGCCAAAGAUGUGAGCUGGGGGGACUGGAGCAUAUGACCUCCCCCCCCCCCCCUGUUUUUCUCUUUUUUUUGGGGGGGGGGGAGGGGUGAAUUCAUCACAUGAACAACAAGCAAACUCCAUGACAGAUAUGAGAGUCCCACUCCCUAUGCACAGAGUGUGUAAGCAGUAGCUGUCUGCAGUUGUAUGCUGUCUUGUUUCCCACAUAGUAUCCAAAAAUGUUACAUCUGCAAAGCAAUGCAGUGUCACAGAGGGACACCUGCAGUCCGAUGAAGCUUAAUUUCCAGGAAAUACAGCACUGACUGUUUGUAGUGAUUGUAAUGGAAGUCGCAAAAAACGUUCACUAUGUCCACUAAUUCAGUGCAAGCACUGACAGGUGUGUCUAGGAGUAAGUUCCAUCUCUGGAGCCAUGUAAGCAGUCAAAUAUAGCACCAAGAUCUUUGCUUUGAUCAUGAACAACAUAUGGUAAGUGUCGCCAAGUCACAUUAAAAAAAAAAUGCAAAUAACAGAAAGAACUUCAAAGCCCCAAAAGGUAGCAUUUUAGGCAGAUGUAUGUUGUAGUAGUUCAGUUUUUGUAGUGAAGUAGUUGAAGUGUUGUGGAUCUUGUGUACGUACAUAACUAUAAGAACUAUAUGGAAAAGCAACAUUAAUGUGACUAUAGCGUGACUCGUUCUGUUCACUUGGUAGUGCUGAGCUCACACAUUUCAACAUAAGUGCCCAUGUCCUUGUGUAGAUUAGGGCUCUAAUAUGUCCUUCGAAGUUAAGCUCACAGGAUCACAGUUUCUGUCGCAAAAGUUGAAAACUACAGUGAUUGGGACCUUUUAAGCGUCCUUGUUGCUCAUUACACCAAUGAAAUUAAUGUGGUAUUUGAAUGCUGCUCUAUUUUUGCUGUUGUGACCGUCGUAUUGUCAUUGCUGUUGGGACUGUCAUAAAAGUGCCAAAUGAGUCAUGCUUGUUAUGUUAUAGCAGCACUAGUCACAAUGAUGCAUGCUCAAUACAUACUUUUAUACUGAACAUAUGAACCAAAGCUUAUUUUGUGAGUGUUUUACACACUUUUGUACUGCAAUAUUAUUUUGGCUGCUUACAGGUGUGUAGUAAUAGAAGUCACCAGUGGCUUCCGUUCCCACCUCAUUAAAAUGUGCUUGUUACGAGA